AUGGAAACCACAGACAAAACCUUUCUGGGUCGGAUGCCUCAAGAUUCGGUUGACGGUGGGUGUGCAGGCACUCUGUCGGCGUCUGAAAGCAAUCGCAUGUACAAAAACUUACUUGAGUCUGUCCUCAUGGUUCCCUUCAGGAAGCUUAGAUUUCUUUCACAAGAGCCUGUGUUCCCUGUUUUGUUGGACUAUGUAGAUGUGAGUGUGGAUAGAACGUCUUCGUCUUCUGCUCGAUACACAGUGAGUCUAAGGUAUGGGAAGCAGAGGUGGAGAAUACAUAUAGGAAUAGUACAGAUGUUUUCCUUGAACGCCUAUCUUCAUUACAGAGAAGUCAUGGAUUCAAGAAGAGACAAGCCGGACAUGUGUGCAGAGGGGCAUUACAGUGGUGUUGAGGAGUUUCUUAGGGUUGUCCUCCACAGAUCCCGGCUGCUUGACAUUGGAAAGGUCUACGACUUCUUCAGGAUAUCCAGACACUCAUUCAACGGGACAAAGAUGUUUGAAGAUAAGUUCCAUGUAAGCGUGCUAGAUCUUGAGAAAGACAGAUGUAAAUGGCCCUGUUGCAAAACCUCGGGGAUCUCUGGGAAGAUGUACGUUGUCUGCAAGAAGUCCCAUCUAGUGCUUGUUGAUUACAAGAAUGGCCACAAGGACAUAGACGUUCUGUUCUAUAGAGAAAGAUUGAAUGCAAAGUACAAAUCAGAGAUGUUUUGCAGCAAGGUCACGGUGGACAGGAAUGAGAGGAGAUAUGUAAUUAAGUCUUUUAGACAUGAUGCAGUACGGCGAUUGUUUGGGGAGAUUCUAGGGGGGCUGGAGAGGAGAGGGCCAGAAAGGUUUCUAUCUUUUAGUCCUGUAAGGAGGGGAGGAGUGGUGAACUUCUAUAUUGAUGGAAAGAGCUACUUCCACAAUCUCUACGAAACAUUAUGUCUGGCAAGGAGAGAGGUUUUCAUUGCUGGAUGGUGGAUCUAUCCAACAUUGUAUCUUCGAAAGGAGCCAGAUAAUGGAGAACUAGACAAGACAUACAGGCUUGACCAUGUUCUGAAGAAGCUGGCUGAGGGGGGAAUAAGGAUAAAGAUACUCAUGUACAAGGAGGCCCUGGGUGCUCUGAAUAUAGAUUCGAAUCGUACUUGUGAGCUUCUGUCCAAUUUACACAAGCGAAUCGAGGUUCUCAUGCAUCCGAACAAUGCAGGAUACAUCCCGAUCUACUGGACCCAUCAUGAGAAGAUAGUUGCUAUAGACCAGAGGAUAGCAUAUGUUGGAGGGAUGGACCUUGCACCUGGUAGAUACGAUACACAAGAGCAUGCACUUUUCAGCACGGAGUACUGGCCUGAAGUAUCAGGAGGAGGCAGAUGGGAAGGGGACACUGGCGGCGUCCGCAGGAUGCCAUGGCAUGAUGUCCAAUGCAAGAUUGUUGGGGAUUCUGCAUUUGAUGUAUCACAGCACUUCAUUGAGCGAUGGAAUUUCAUUGUUUCGAAGUACGGUGAGGUGGAGAAGAUAAAGCUGCUGGUUCCAAACGAAGAGAUGCUGGAAGAGUAUGUUUCUAGACACGGCCCAGAUGGAAGGGCAUCCAUUAGGACACAGGUUCUGAGAUCUGCUGGGAAGUGGUCUCUUGGAUAUGACGAGGAUUCUAUAUCAAGAGGGUAUUCCGAGAUGAUCCUGAGCUCUAAGAGAUUCAUAUACAUAGAGAAUCAGUUCUUCAUCACAAGGUGCAGCUCUGCGCCUGGAUUCCCUGAGAACACGAUUGGAAAGGCUCUUGUGGAAAGAAUAGUCAGGGCCAACAGAGACGGAGAGGAGUUUAAGGUGUAUGUUGUGAUUCCUCUCUUCCCUAUACUCGAUACUGGGUUCACUGUGGGGCCGACGCCGGCGAUGGAAAUCAUAAGGAUCCAAGAGCAAUCGAUAUUCAGAGGAGAGAUGUCUGUGUAUCAAGUGCUAAAGGAGAAUGGUGUGGAUCCAGACAAGUACCUUGUGUUUGUGUCUUUGAGGAAGGCUUACUUUGAUGGUAGGAAGAUUGUUCAGGAGCAAAUCUAUGUCCAUUCCAAAAUCAUUAUUGUGGACGGGACAUCUGCUAUAGUAGGAAGCGCGAAUCUCAAUGACAGAAGUAUGUUGGGGAACAGAGAUACAGAAAUAGCACUGCUUGUGGAGGAGGAGAGUGAGGCGGUCCGCAAGCUGCUUAAGAGACUGUUAGAAGAGCAUCUUGGAGUCAGAAGAGCAAGGGAGGAUGGCUAUGGGCCUGAGGACCUUUUGGAACAUAGCCUACUCAAUAACGAGAUUGAUCUUGGGAGUGACGAUGUCUUCAACAAGAUUAUUGGCAGAGCAAGAAACAAUACAGAGAUGUUCCGAAGACUUUUUGGAGGUGGCGGGGGGCAUUUUGACCUUUGCUCUUUGGAUGACGGACUCAUCUGCGAUGCACUGAAUGGAAUACAGGGGCACUUGGUUCUGUUUACGGAUGACUUCCUAGCCAAAAGACAGUUUGAAAGAAGCAUUUUCAGCAUUCAAGGAUUUAUUCCAUCGGUAGUUUAUUAUUAG